CUGGAUUGGGAAAAUUUGUGAGAUAGAAAUAAAGUCGGUGGUGUCAGUGAAGGUGCUUUUGUCGGUGUCGUUAUAACUAGGAAGUUGCCUCUGUUCUUAGAGAAGUGUAUUAGCUGCUCUGUGCACUCCAAGCCAGACAAGAACGUCGCAAAGAUGGCCCACAAGCUCAAAGAUAAGCUGGAGGACAAAAUCGACCAUCUCAGCCAUACGCUAAAAGAAAGCCACUUCGAGAAGACGAAGGCGGAGGCAUUCCAUCUCAAGCAUAAGAUCGGCAAACUAGGAAACGUAUUCAAUCCAAACCAUCGCCAUGACGAGGAGCAUGAGAAGAGAACAGACCAGAAGCGAAGUUCCAUAGCGGAAUCCCACCGUUUUCAGUCCUUUGCGCCUGAACACGAAGGCAACAAGGUCAAGUGGUAUGUCGAUGCACGCGACUACCUCUGGGCUGUUUCUGUAGCACUUGAGAGAGCCACAGAGACCAUCUACAUUGCGGAUUGGUGGCUCUCUCCUGAACUGUUCCUCCGACGGCCGCCGUAUUUCAACCAGGAAUGGAGGCUCGACCAGGUGCUCAAACGGAGAGCAGAGGCAGGAGUCAAGAUCUAUGUGAUCGUCUACAAGGAAGUCCAACAGGCCCUGACCUGUAAUUCAGCCCAUACCAAGCAUGCGCUGCGCCAACUUUGUCCCAAAGGGAGCCCAGGUUACGGAAAUAUCAAAGUGCUCCGCCAUCCAGACCACAAUGUCUUUGAAAACCUGGGCGAUAUGACUUUCUAUUGGGCCCACCAUGAGAAAUUCAUUGUGAUCGACUACGCGCUGGCCUUUAUCGGAGGUAUCGACCUUUGUUUCGGUAGAUGGGACACUAAUGGACAUGCCCUGGCGGAUGUGCAUCCGUCUGGCAUCCAGGACGAAAUAUUCCCUGGACAGGAUUUCAACAACAACCGCAUCCUUGAUUUCCAGAGUGUAGAGGAUUGGCAGAAUAACGAACUUAGCAAGACCGAAUACGGCCGAAUGCCGUGGCACGACGUGGCCAUGGCGGUCAUUGGAGAUUGUGUCUAUGAUAUUGCGGAGCACUUUGUCCUGCGCUGGAACCUGGUGAAGCGGGACAAAUACAAGCGUUCUCACGACGUCGACUGGCUCAUGCUUGAAGGGCGCACUGGUGAGGAUGAAGACCUCGUGGGAAUCCAGCGCCCGUCAUACCCCUGUGGAGAUUAUGUCCAGCAUCCGCUGUCACCGCUGAGUACCAAACCACGAGCCAUGCAAGGAUCGGUUCAUGCUCAAGUUGUCCGUAGCAGCGCCGACUGGAGUAGCGGGAUCCUCACCGAACACAGCAUUCAGAAUGCAUACAUUGAGGCGAUCCGCAAUGCGCAGCACUACGUUUACAUUGAGAACCAGUUCUUCAUUACGGCUACUGGAGACAAACAGGCACCCAUAAACAACAGGAUCGGAAGUGCCAUCGUCGAUGCUUGCGUCCGGGCUGCAAAAGAAGGGAGGAAAUUCAGAGUGAUUAUUAUCAUCCCAGCUAUUCCUGGUUUCGCGGGUGAUCUACGGGACAGUGCUGCGACAGGCACCCGUGCAAUCAUGGAUUACCAGUAUAAGUCAAUAUGCCGCGGCGAACACUCGAUUAUGGGGCGCAUUGCUGCCCAAGGAGUCGAUCCCAGACAGCACAUAUUCCUCUUCAACCUCCGUUCUUAUGACCGCAUCAAUAAGACGCCAGCUCUUGUUGAUCUAGAGGAGAAAGCUGGGGUUAGAUACCAAGACCUUCAGCGCGCUGAAGCGGAACAGAUCAUGAGCGAAAGUAUACAUCCUGCAGUUGGCGAGGAAGCUGAUGUCCAUGAGAAGAGCUAUGCUACUGGAGAUGAGGAGAAACAAAAACGUAUCGAUCAGCUGCGAAGAUUCGAAGAGCAGCGACGGAAGGCUGGGCAUCAUGGCGAAUCGAGCAGUCCAGACACAAUCUCGCAGACGGCAAUGCUCAAUGGCGGAAAGGUCUCUGAGCAGUUUUGGGAAGGUGAUCCCGAAGGAGAGAAGGAAAACUACAUCCAGGAAGAACUCUAUGUCCAUGGGAAAGUGUGCAUUAUCGACGACAGACUUGUCAUUUGUGGUAGCGCCAACAUUAACGACAGGUCCCAGCUAGGCUAUCAUGACAGCGAACUGGCCAUAGUAAUGGAAGACAGGGAAAUGCUUGAUAGUACCAUGGAUGGCAAGCCCUACAAGGCUGCCCGACUUGCAGCCACUCUCCGACGGCGGCUUUGGCGCGAGCAUCUUGGCCUGCUGCCUGCUCAAAGCUUUAACGCUGAGAAUGACCCAAAUGCUCUGCCCCCCAACGAUUGCAUGAACGAAAACGACGAGGGACCCGAGUAUGAAUUUGUCAAGGACCCUCUGGAUGACGACCUCUGGGAUACCUGGACCGGACGAGCAACUACCAACACGGAAGUCUUCCGCCUGCUCUUCCGCGCUGAUCCAGACGAUAACAUCAAGACAUUCAAUGACUAUGACUAUUUCUCCCCACGGGGUUAUAUCAAGCAAGGCCAUCUGCAUGACCCGUUCUUGCCAAUUAAGUUCGUUAAGGAACAACUGGAGAGGAUCAAGGGUCAUCUAGUCUGGAUGCCUCUCGAUUUUCUGAAGGAUGUAAAUAUGGCUGAGCCCGGCAUGUCUGUGAAUCAGUUCACAGAGAGUAUCUACACAUGAUCAAUUCAUUGGACACCUGUCAUUUGCGUCCUGUUCUGAAUGUAUAAUGAGAGCUUUUCCAUUUUACUCUACAUGAUUCACCCAGUCAGCAUUAGUGAUGCACAUGCUAUGGUAAUUAAUACAAACUAGCUAUCUUUUAAUUUCCCAUUUGAUUAUUUUGCUAUGUCUUUAUAUAAUGU